AUGUGAGUCUGCAGUGUCGGUCAGCUGACGUCUCACAUGACAGACGUCCGCGGUGAAGCCAUAAAUCGUAAAUUGAAAAACACCAGCGACAGCAUAUUUGAUGUUCUGCCGUAGAUACAGUGGUCACACAGGAAAACUUGACCAGCUAGUCGGCAAGUCACAUGAUUUUCAUGACAGUCCUAUCUGCACGCGACUGGGAUCUGCUCGCAAAGGUUAUAAUGAUGGGACCUUUUGUUUAACCCGAAAACUGGUUUGAAACUCAACGUUAAACUACACCACUGAUACAUUCGGUGGCCGUGAGACGUUGUGGUGACACAGCGAGAGCGUCCCGUCAACAUGAGCCCCGAAGGAAAGUCGCUGCUCAACAUCAUCGUCCUCGGCUUCGGGUUUAUGUUCAUGUUCACCGCCUUUCAAACAUGCGGGAACAUCGAGCAAACCGUUCUGAAGAGCUACAACAGCUCAGACUUCCAUGGCAGCGGAUACACCAGUAUGUCCAUCAUCUAUGGCGUGUUCUCGGCCUCCAACCUCAUCGCUCCCUCAGUGGUGGCCGUCAUUGGUCCACAGCUGGCCAUGUUCUUCAGUGGUCUCCUCUACAGUGGCUACAUUGCCAUGUUUAUCCAUCCGCUGACCUGGAGUUUCUACACGGCGUCAGUUGUGGUCGGCAUCGCCGCAGCAGUGUUGUGGACUGCCCAGGGGAACCUGUUGACCAUUAACUCCUCAGACAGCACCAUCGGCCGGAACAGCGGCAUUUUCUGGGCCCUGCUGCAGUUUAGCAUGUUCUUUGGGAACCUGUAUGUCUACAUCGCCUGGCACGGGAAAACACACAUAUCAGAUAAGGACCGCCAGACGCUGUUCAUCUCCUUGACGGUCAUCAGUCUGGUGGGGAGCUUCCUGUUUUUCCUGAUCCAGCGGGUCGAACCAGACCCCGCCCCUUCUGAGGCCUCCGAGUCUCUGUUGCCCGCGGAAACCACACUCACAGACAGCAGCCCUGCAGUGCUUGCAGCACCUCCUGGUUUAGGCUUCCAGGCCCUGGACGCCUUCAAGAAGGCUUUGAAGCUGUUUGUCACCAAAGAAAUGCUGUUGCUCAGUAUAUCCAUAGCCUACACGGGGCUGGAGUUGACCUUCUACAGUGGCGUAUAUGGCACCAGCAUUGGGGCCAUGACUGUGUUUGGAGACAACGCCAAGAGCCUGAUCGGCCUCUCUGGCAUCUGCAUCGGCAUCGGGGAGAUCCUGGGAGGGGGCAUAUUUGGGAUGCUGAAUAAGUAUAUCCAGGUGGGACGGAACCCUGUGGUGCUGCUGGGGCUGGUCACACACUUUGUGGGGUUCUUCCUGAUCUUCCUCAACAUCGCCAGCGACGCUCCCAUCGCACCUGAGGAGGGGACACACCUGCAGGCCUUCAUCAAGCCCAGUGUAGAGGUGGCUCUGUUGUGUAGUUUCCUGCUGGGUUUUGGAGACAGCUGCUUCAACACGCAGCUGCUAAGCAUUGUGGGAUACAUGUUCCGCGAGGACAGUGCCCCAGCCUUCGCCGUCUUCAAAUUCAUCCAGUCCAUCAUGGCGGCAGUGGCGUUCCUGUACAGUAACUACCUGCUGCUGCACUGGCAGCUGUUGGUGCUGGUGGUGAUGGGUUUUCUGGGCACGCUCAGUUUCUUCGUGGCCGAGUGGCUCGCCGUCCAACGCAAGCGUGACUCUGACUACGACAGCAUCUAACCCGCCCAACCUGCCCUGGUGCACGGCCUGCCUGGUGCCCAACACACACACACGCGCACACACACACGCAUACACUGUGUGUGUGUGUGUGUGUGUGUGUGUGUGUGUGUGUGUACUUGCCUGCCCAGGGGUGGGUGGCAGGGGCACAUGAGGGGCGUUCUGUUCCGCUGUGGAAGGCCAGCUGACCGCUCCUCAGCACAGGGUGGCACAGUCCAGUCUCUGGGGCUCUGCUGACUGGGGGGGAGCUGGCAUGAGAGACAAAUGAGAGCCAAGCAGCCAUAUUUUCCUUCCUUCAUUUGUUUUGUUUUGUUUUGUUUUGUUUUGUUUUGUUUUGUGUAAUGUUUGAUUUGUUUGUUUUGUUUUGUGUAAUGUGUGAUUUGUUUGCUAUCCAGAGAACCUGGACAAUCAAGGAAGAAUCCACUGAUGGUGCCUGUUCCACUCCGGUGGAUAAGACUUUUGUGAUUUCACACACACACACACACACACUACUUACUACGCUGUCACAAAGGGAGAUUCGGUUCGAUUUAGUUUACUUUAUAAGACUCAGGAGAGUGCACUUCUGGACAUCAGUUGAAGUGUGUGUGUGUGUGUGUGUGUGUGUGUGUUUCGGGAGAGAAAAAACACUCCCCCCUGAAGCUGGAGGUGUGUUGACAGAACUGUUGCACAAUGAAGAGCCUGGAUGAGCACAGGAGUGAAGUUGUUUUUAUUUAUUUCAUUAUGUUGAUCACCAGGGACAAGUCUGCCAAAGAGUUCGCUGUGACUGAAAGCUUUCCCCCGUCCCUCUGCAUUGCUUUGUGCCUCGUGUGUGUGCACGCCUGUGUUCGUCACUCUGACUAACGCCUCUCCUGAAAGGAUGAGAUGUCGGACAGGAAUGCCUGUGUGUUAGCAUAAUGGCUGUGUGUGUGUGUGUGUGUUCGCAUAAUGGCUGUGUGUAUGUGUGUGUGUGUUCGCAUAAUGGCUGUGUGUGUGUGUGUUAGCAUAAUGGCUGUGUGUGUGUGUGUGUGUGUGUGUGUGUGUGUGUGUGUGUGUGUUAGCAUAAUGGCUGUGUGUGUGUGUGUGUGUGUGUGUGUUAGCAUAAUGGCUGUGUGUGUGUUAGCAUAAUGGCCGUGUGUGCGUUUGUUAGCAUAAUGGCCGUGUGUGCGUUUGUUAGCAUAAUGGCCGUGUUUGUGAGUAACAAACGAAUCUCUGAGUUCUCUGGACAUGAGAGGACUAGAUUGAGGAGACCAGGAGUGAAAAGAAGAGAAGGACUACAGAACAGGAGAACAGGACUACACUUCCUGCAUAUGUAGGCUUACUCUAGAACUGGCCAGGCCUACACUUCCCAUGAGCCUUUGCUGUGCUAUGAGAUUAGCAUUUUGAACACUGGCCCUAUUCAGACCGCAAGCGUGGCAGCCUGUCAGCUGCGUUACAUGUAUGUUUUUAUUUCCGCUCCCAUGUUAACAUGUUAGAGCUUGCACAC